GAGCUGCCGAGCGCGGUGCUGCGAGGGACGGAACGCGGAGCUCCGAGGGACGGAGCCCCGGCCCCGGCAUGAGCUUCCCGCGGCCCCUGCGGCGCUCCGUCAGCCUGAGCCCGGCCCGAACCCUGCGGCUCGUCGUGCUGGGGCAGGGCGCCGUGGGCAAGACAGCACUGACUGUCAGAUUCAUCACCAGAAGGUUCAUUGGAGACUAUGACCCAACACUAGAAAUGAUUUACAGACACAUGGCUGUCAUUGAUGGGGAGAUGGUGCACUUUGAGAUCCUCGAUACAGCAGGACAGGAGGAAGACUCCCUACAGAUAGAGGAGAAGAUCAAAUGGGGCGAUGGCUUUGCAGUGGUCUACUCGGUGACAGACAGGUGCAGCUUUGACGAGGUGAUGCGGUUGUGUUUCCUCAUCAACCACAUCCACUCCAGCCCCAAGCGGAGCGGUGGGAGCGAGCAGCCGCCUGUGGUCAUCGUGGCCAACAAGAAGGACUUGCAGUUUGACAGGAUGGUGUCCACGCAAGACGGCGAAAACCUUUCCAAAGCUUUGAAGCUUCCUUUCUAUGAGAUUUCCACUCGGGACAGCUACGAGGAGACCGUGGCAGUGUUCAAUACCCUCUACCAAGAGCUCAUGAGGCAGGGGCACUUCUCCCCAGGCUCCUUCAAGAGGAGGACAGUGUCGAAAGUGAUGGAGAAGAUCCCCAAGAUGCAAGCCAGCUCCACCUUGAACUCAGCAGGCCGGAGUCUCAGCUUUAACUCCUUUAGGGACUACAUCCCUGAGUGAGCAUCCCUGGUGCAGAGGAACAGGACCGAGGGAUGGGUCUUCCUGCUGUCGAGGCACCUGUUGUGUAGUGAGGAGCUUCUUUAUUUGGGGUUGAAGAGCAACGUGUAGAGCAGGAGGGGAAUGUUAAGAGGUGGCAUUGGUGUUCAGCAGCCUCUGAAAGCCUGGUUGCUACAAACAGGCUUUGGGUCUGCAGGGAGGAUGCUCUUCCUCUGUCCCACCCAUCCUCCUCUUCUUCCUCCUGCUUGAAGUCAGCAACAGAGGUUGAUCCUAUUGACUUCAGAUGUGUUGUGUCAGUGCUUGUGGAUCCCACUGGGCUGCACUGGGGAUCAGACCCAGCACCCACACCUCCCUCUGGGAUUUCUGCUUCCCACAGAGAGCUCGCUGGGUCUGUCCCUGUCCCUUCUCCAUGCUCCUGGGCUGGUGGCGAGGGCGUUUUAAAGCAGAGAUCUGUUUACAGUAAGGAUAAGAAGUCUGCUAAUCCCUGGCUUUUCUCAAAAGCCAUUUUUUUAAACAUCUGAAGCUCCUUGGCACUCUCUCCUGUAACAUCACUGUAAAUAAAAGCCUGGGCAAAGGGCUGUCUGCUGAGGCUGCCCCUUGUUUGAUAUCUCCAGGGCUGCUAGCCUUUAAGGAGAAACAAAUUGGAUGGCAUCACUUCUGUGCCCUGCAACCUUAGGCUAAGGUCACACUGCUCCAUCCUGGGGGAAUGUCAUUCCUGAUGCAUGCCCUUGCCCUGGAACUCAGUUCAGUGUGUGUCUUGGAGACUCCCAGAGUGCAAGCAGUGGGUGUGGAUACAGAGGAGCGGAUACUGAGAGGUGCAAAUGAUUCUCAGUCCCUUGUCUGCAUUUUAACUGACCCAUCCCUGUGGCUGGAUAAGUUGGUGUUUGUUUGGUUUUUUUUGCUCAGAUUGGCUUUGUUAUGGGGCAGCAAAGGCAAGGAAAGGAGCCGGGCUUGCAUCUUUUUGCUGCUGCAUCAUCAGUGCCAUCAAGCAUCCUCUUGCCAAGCUGCUUCUGUGUAAUUUCUCUCCAAUGCAGAGCUUUGCUUUGCUUUGCCACCCAAGGUGAGUUUUUAGGAGGACGUGUGGCAUGCCACUUGUGUGUCUUCUGAGAAACAGCUGUGUGCCACUGUGCCCUGUGCCAAUAAAAGCCGAGCUAGUG